AUGAACAGUGCUGAUCGUCGUGUCCGCUCCGCAGGCACGCCAUUCACAACCUGCAGACCGCGGAUGAAGCGCCUAGUCAAGAGCCUGCAGCACUUCUCGGUGACCUCGUCGGAGCACGUGGAGUUGUUCAGCAAGAUGACGCUGAGGGACUUCGGUUUCUACGUCAGCGACGCAGACGCAAUGCGAUACAUGGCAAACAAGGCCUACCCCGUUGCAGAGCGAGCCUUUCAGCUUGAGAAGGCGCUGCACCAGCGCAGGCUCAGCGCCGGCACCGCGCCGGUCUCCCCCAUGGCGUGGAAGUCGUCAAGUAACGACAUGCUCGGUUGCUCGACGCUCUACCAGGACGAGGCUGUCACCCUGUGCUGGUUCGUGCUCCCACCCGGCAAAGUACUCCCGCUCCACGAUCACCCGGGGAUGACGGUGUGGCAGCGCGCCAUGCACGGCCGACUGCACCUCUGCUCCAUCACUCGAGAAGCUGUCUCACAAACCGGCGCCGGUGCAUCGACGGCGCCGAUCAACGGCACUGUGGUCUUCGACGGAGAGCUGGACGGGGUCGGGGAUGCAAUUCCGGUGUCGGACGUGCUGGGGUUCACACCCACCGACGGCGACGGCGGCGGCGUGCUGCACGAGAUCCGCAACAUCGACGCGACGCAACCCGCCUUGUUUGUGGACAUCAUUUCACCUCCAUACAACCAAGCACCGUCCAACAUUGUAUGCGGCUACUACACCGCCGAACCCCUCGAUGCCACUGCCAUGCUGUUGCCUUCUCUCGCGAUGGACUGUGGUGUGCGCCAUCAGCUGAAGGCGGGCGACAAGGUGCGCCUGCACCCCCGCACCAACUACAGCGGCCCCGCCAUGGACGCAUUCGUGCACGUGGUGUGA